GAAAGAGAAAGAAAGAAGAAAGAAAAAGAAAGAGAAAGAAAGAAAAAGAAGGAGAAAAAAGAAAAAGAAAGAGAAAGAAAGAAAGAAGAAGAAAGAAAAAUAAAGAAAAAUAAAAAGAAAGAAAGAAAUAGAAAGAAAAAGAAAGAAAAAGAAAGAGAAAGGAAACCGACACCAUUGACAGAGGAAGCACCUGUUCUCUCGGAGAAGCCUACAACGAGAAGGAAACUGUACAACAUGGCGACAGCUACUGUCACCUGCAUCCAGUUACCAGAUGAAAACCUCAUGAAAA